GUGUCAUGGAUGCUGACGUCCCAGCAUUCCCUGUUGCUAAAAUUGCAAAAGAUGCUGGGGAAACAAUUCCACUCCUAGCUCCGCUCAAGGCCGCAAUGGGCAUUAUGAUAACCUUGCUAGAGGUCAUCAAAGAUGUACGGAAAUGCGAAGAAGAUUGGGAAACGUUGUCGAAUCAUCUCGCGAACCGAAUCGGACUGCUUCAAGGCUACCUUGCCAACAAACCAGCCAAUGUCGAGCUCCAGGAGAUGGUUGCAGAAUACAAAGGGCAAGUGCAAGUCGUGCGCGGGAUCGAACCUCUGGCGAGGAAACACAAGACUUGGUAUCAGUCGAUAAUCGGAGUCAAGAGCGAUGAGGACAAAAUCCAAGAGUCAAUUCGGGAAAUGGACGAAGCGUUCAACACAUUCACAAUGAAACUUCAGAUACAGGUACAGCAAGGAGUCUCUCAGAUUCAAGUUGGACAAGAGUUAAUCCAUGAAGAAGUAAUUGCCCAUAGGACUGAUCACGCGAAAAGUCAUGCCAGAAUUCUUGAGGCGCAUGAAGUGCAAAAGGAUAUGGGAAACACUAAAGACUGUUCAGAGGAGACGAUCCUUCUGAAUACAUUAUCUGCCGCAACUUUUGCUAAUGGUGACGAGCAUGAUAUAUGUUUGAAGGAAACAAGAGUCGCUAUUCUCGAGGAGGCGCG